AUGGCCGCGAGCGGUGGCGGUACAGCUUUAAUGGAUCGGUAUUUCACUUCUGAGAAUCAAGACCAAAGAGUCGCCAUGCAAUUUGCUUUUUACAACGUCCUACUUUUCGUCUUGGUAUUUUAGUCUAAUAGUAAAUUAGAACGAUUGACUAAUAAUUGAAUUCAGCUCGGCGUAUCUCUAUGCGGCCUUUUUGCCUUAUACAAUAUGUUGUACAUGUUUCUAACUCCAAUGUUAUGGGCAGUUCUUGUUGGUACAGUACUGUUUCCCUUCAAAAAGCGAGUGACGGAAAUAAUGCAAAGUUUGAUCUAUUUUAUAAACCUGAUAAAUGUGACUAUUUUUCCAGAUUGGCUGAAAGGCCUGCAAUCGAAGAACACAACAUUAGUUCGCGGGAUCAUAAAUUUGCCGGUUAACUGGUUCUGUCGAACUUCUGAAUGCCUAUAUACAACCGCAGCGAGGUAUUUUUCUUGUUUAUUUUUUCAUAAAAUUCAUUUUCUCAGUUCCGACGGAAUUUACAUCGCUGGAGCCUAUGUUGUUCUGAAGUUUCUGAGCUAUGAACGGACAUUUAUGCAUGCUAUCAGUUUUGCUGGUAGAAUCUAUAAUGGUGUCGACGCUUUCAUUCUUUUGUCUGCGAAACCUUGGGUAUUUUUUCAAAGAUUUAUUGUGGCAGUAUUGAAAGAAAAUCUUAAAAUAGGCUUUCAAAUCAAGGCAGUAAUGAAAUAGGGAACUAAUUAAUCAGAAGCGACCUUGGGGCUCCCAUGUAGGAGAUCAAAAUGCAGCUAUCAAAAAACGCCUAAUUGAUCAUCUUAACUCAGCUUCGAGAAACAUUACUCAACUUUUCGCUUAGACAUUUAAUGUAAAAGUAUUUGCUCUAGAAGUUUUUUUUCCCCCUAAACAAUUUUAAAAAUUGAAAUUUAUUUUUGAUGGAAAGUUUUUGAAAUCUUAAGAAAAAAACGUUUCAUCCGCUUUGAAGUUUUCCUCUCCAAGAAAAUAAACUUUUAAAAAUUUCCUGUUUUAGGAUAAUCUCAAAAUUUUGCAGGUUUUCCCGUUAAUUGUGAUUUACUCUGCUGCCUACGCAGGCUGGAUCUACGUUCAGAUGCCGAAACCGAUCAACAAAAAGCUGCUUCGAACGCUUUCGCUACCAAUUUGGUGAAUUCCCCAUCUUAUUAAAAGUGAGAAUAAAGUUUUUUCAGGUAUUAUGUAAUUUCCUACGCCUCAUCGUUCUUCGGGCCGUUCAGAGCGGCCGCUUUUGGAAUUUCGACUGUUGUUCUGGCUCUUCUUUCCGCGGGCGUCGUUGCCGUUGAUAACAACGGGAGCUUUAAAAGUGAUAGUGACGGUUAGUUUAUUAUAAAUUUAAAAAAAUAUGAAGUUAAAUAGUUGAUUGCAGCUGAUGAUAACGAAAAGGAGAAGAAUGAGGUGGAGAAAACGGCCCCAGUCGCUGAGCCAAUGUUCAAAUUCGAAACGAUUACCGAUGAGAAUGGAGAUUCGGUCGCUGCGAUUCGAGCUCCAUGUAGGAUUUCGAAGUUUUUUUAUCAAAAAAAUAAAUAAAAAACCUGAGGAAAAAAGCAAAAUUUCAACGAUUUCAUUUCUUGAAGUUUUUUCACCUAACAGUAAAUAGUAAAAAUUUCACCUAACUUAAAAAAAUAGUAAAAAAAGUUUUUGCGGUUUUAUUUGUGUUCAUAUGGAUUAUCAACCAGAAUCCAGAGAAAACGCAUUGGAAACCAACCAAAAAAUCAAUUUGACAACAGAAAUAAUUAUUAAUCAACUGACUCUAGUGUUUUCUAUUUCCCCAUUUUUUUUUGUUUAGGCGCAGACUUGUUCUGCGCCAUUUGGGUUUUUAGUUUUGACUUUUUUUCCAAAUUGGAUAAUUUUUUUCGUAUUUUUUUGAAAUGAUAUUCUUGUGAAAAAGCUUGAAGGGGGUGUGACAGUCGGCUGAAAAAUGCUCAUAGAAUAUGUUUUCUACCUAUAGGUUCCGAGGCAAAGCGCCGGUUUAAAAGAUUUCCUUGUAGUUUCUGCCCCUUUUCACAAAAUUUGAGCAUUAAUGCAUUCAUUGGUAAAAAAAAAUAGAAAAUGAAGUUCAUCCCUUAUUAUUCUUUCAUCUGCAGCCAUGGAAUCGCUUGUUCUGGACGAGGCAAUCACUGGAGAUCGGCUUAUUCGGAUCGUUUUUAGCCUUUGCGCUUUGCUUUGGGUCGUACGUCAUGACAGCGCCCUCAUUUUAUUAGCGAUUCCUCUCUUCAUCGCGGUCGUAGCUAGGAUUGGUUUGGAAAUAAGUUCUGCAUUCACAAUGAAGAUUGGUAUAAUUUUAGCCAACAACGUCGGUUUAACUGAUGCGCUGACCAAUGCAUUGGACUCCCUCUGGCAGCGUUUCUCACCGGCAGUCAACAAGUUGGUCGAAAUUACCGUGGCCGGACCUCUGAGAGAGUUUGUCAAGGCAUUGAAAAGAACGAUGUUCCUGAAUAAAUAAGAGUUUUCCAGGUUCUUUUCACCUCGGACCAAAUGAUCACGACGUCGCUCCACGACAAGAUGGAUAUGCUCUCUUCGGUGGUCGUUAUGGCUUUACUCGCCUGUUCCGUCCUUUUUGGCUUUGUCUUCAUCGGCUUUCAGCUCCACGGAGAGACUGUUCGUCUUGUUGCCAUAAAAAAACUUUAAAAAAAUUAUGUUUAAAUUUUCGAAAGAUAUUUUCACGGAGAGCUUUUCGAGUUCCAAAAAACUGAAUAAGAGAGGCCCCUUCAUCAUUAAUUUAUUCAGCAGUAAAUGGACUUUUUCUAAAGGCUUUUAAGCUUUCUAUCAUAAAAGUCUGAAAAAGGUAAUGAAAAAAAAGAAGUGGUCUAUAAAACAACUCAAUUUUUGAAUUCAACUCGUUUUCUUUUGUUCAUUCGUUCACUUAAGCUAGGACAUUGUAUGGUUUUUUUAUUUGAGUUUUUUUUAAAUUAUUUAAUUGACUGAAAAAAAUUUCUAAGACUUUUUAAGGUCCACCUCGUGCGCUUGACUUCGAAUGUUGUCAGCUCGCGACCAGAUUGGCUCGGCGCAGCUAUGAAUUAUACUGAAGAUCAACUGGAAGAUCACGAUAUCGACAUCGACGCCUAUGUGCAACAGGUCUCAUCACGAAAAAUGCAGAAAUGAUAAUAUUGGAAAUUCCCAGGCCUAUGAACAGGGAAGAGCAUGGUUGGCGUCGAAUGUCCGCAACUUAUCCAAUGGCAAGGACUCCAAACGGGCCGAUAUGCUUGAAAAUCAAGUGAAACAGGUUUUUUUGGAAAAAAAGAUCGAGCAAAAAAAGAUGAAAUUGAAUUUAGAUUGUCGACAACUUGUACCAUUUAUGGGAGCAGCGCAAUGUUGUUACUAAGAGUAAAUUUCUAAUACGAAAAAUAUCAUUAAUAAUUUUCUAACAGAUGCUUCAACGACGGAUAUCGCGAGAGCUGGUUGGAUGACUCAGCUGAAAAGUGUCACGGAUCUUGCCGCGCUAAAGGAAGAACUCACCUUGAUUGUCAAAGAUAACUUGGAUACUCUUAUGGGGGUGAGAAUUUAACUUUCGUUCUGGAAAAUCAGAAGCAAAGUGUUUGAACAUAAGAUGAGAUACGUACGAAUAAAAAUUGGUAAGGGAUCAGUUCUAAGAGUUGAAAAUUGUAUUGAAAUAUAUAUGUUAGUAAAAUAUUUUACUUUUUUUAUCGUUUUUGUUUUUAACGUAGAAAAAAACGCUUUUAGCAACAAAAAAAUGACGCGUUUUUUUGAGGGGAAGUGGGGGUGGCUCUGCGGUCCCUAAUAUAAUAAUCUAAAAAGUCAGUUGUUUUGAAAUUUUGAGUGUUUUUCUCAAGAGACCUAGCAUUUUGAGAUUAUUCAACUGCUUUUUUUUUGAUAUUUUUUUUUAUUUUCCAGGUCGCGCAGUCAGUUGGAGCAAUCCUUGCCGCCAAUCUGACAUUUUUCUCUUCGAUUCUGGCCGCUUUUGCUGGAAUUAUUCUGGGAUUCGGUCUUGAUAUCGUCAAUCUUCUCAUAGAGAUUGUGAGUAGGAAUUUCACUUCAAGACAUGAUUAGUGUUCAUUUUCAUUUUUUUUGAAUCAAAAAUAAAUACGGUUCAGAUUGUGUUCCUGACCAUGGUGUACUACCUUCUGUCUGCUUCUAGAACCAGAUGGCUGCCCCUUCAGUGGGCCAGCGAUUUGUCGGCUGUGACCAGCAUGGCCGAACUCAACCCCGGCGUCGCCGACAAGCACCACAUCACUGCCGCCAUCGAACACGCAAUAUUGUUCGUCUCCAUAGAGCGCAUCUCAUCAAUACGAUCAAUAUUUACAGCGGCGUUUUUGUCCUCUCUGCAAAAAUGUCGGUUUUUUACGGCCUGUACACUUAUUUUGUGCACAGCUUGUUCGACCUCAACAUUGUUUUCGUCCCCUCAUGUGAGUUUGACCGUUUUUGGAUUUUUGAGAUCUAGGAGGUUUUCUGAAAAAAAUUGAGUGAGAGCUAAAACAAAUUCAUUCAUACAUCUUGAGGCUCUUAACUAAUUUUAACUGUUAAGUUAAAAAUUUCAAUGAUCAUUAUCAAAAACUAUACAAUUUCUGCUGGAAGUCAUACAAUGGAAAAUUUUUUUUCAUAAAACCUUUCUUUUCUAUCUCACUGCGAGCAUUGGAGGCCGUGCCACGCUAAGCUAUCUGGCGGCCUCGGCCUCCUCCGCUCGCAGCUGCUUCCGUGGCGCAAUAGGCAGCGCGUUCGGCUGUUAACCGAAAGGUUGGUGGUUCGAGCCCACCCGGGAGCGAGACAUUUUUUCGAUUUGCAAUUUUUUUUUAGUCAUUGCCUCGUUGUUCGCUGCGAUUCCCAUCAUGCCGCCAUACAUUGUGGCUAUUUUUGGAGUUUUUGAGCUCUGGCUGGUUAGUUUUCUCUUUUAAAAAAAAAGGACAAAAUUUCUCAUUUUAGGUUAGAGGAGAAGGAGCCGCUGCACUUGUUUUUGCACUGGCGUCAGUUUCUCCAAUCAUGUAUGUUGAUAAGACGUUCUACACUGAAGUCAAGUUUGUUUUAAAUUGGGAUUGAGAUAAUUCGAAAUUUGGUUCCAGAGGGUCUCAUCCAUAUGUCACGGGUCUCUCCAUCAUCGGAGGAAUGUACUGGUUGGGUCUUCAGGUAAGAAAAAAUUAGAAAAAUUCUUUAUUAGUUAAAAAAGUCCGAAAUUAGAGCCAAGAAUAUUUGAAGAAAGUCUAGUACAUAUUUUUAGAAAUUAGAAGUUUGUACCUGAAGAUGGAUAGCAUGAACCUCAAAAAAAAAUUUCCGAUUGGGUUCUGGAGGUUUUAAUAAUUCACUCAAAAACACUUCAUUUUACAUGUUGGAUCAAAGUCAAUUCUAAUUUUUGAGGACAGAUUUAUAAUUUUUAUGCUCCUUUCUGCAUGAAAGCCUUAAUCUUCAAAGUUUAGGGAGCUAUCAUAGGGCCGAUCGUUUUGUGCCUAUUUCUCGUGCUGGUCAACGUCUACCUUCAAUUUGUGAAGCCGACUGCCACUUCCACCACUCCACGGGCUCUCACUCCGGCUCCUUCACACCCAAUUCUCAAGAAAAUUGAAUAA